GAGGGAGGGAGGGAGGAGGGGAUCUGGGAGUCGGCCGGUUGUGCAACCUGAUCGCGAGUUAGGAUGUCUCGGUGCAGACCGGUGCAAACUUUUUGCGGCUCCGGCUUGGCCAAGGCUGCCCCCGAGCUGCGGGGGUCGGUGAGGGCGCUGCUGGUGCUGCAGGUGUUGGGGUGGGUGGGCGUCAGGUCCACGCUCGUUUGCCCCAAGUUUUGCGAGUGCUCGGAUCCCGCCAGGACCGUCAAGUGUGUGAACAGGGAGCUGAGCCGGAUCCCCGCGGACAUCCCGACCAACGUCAGAACCCUCUUCAUCACCGGCAACAACAUCUCCAGACUGCCCUCGGGGGCUUUCCGGCGCCUGGACCAACUCGCCACUUUGAACCUGAGCGGCAACAAAAUGGGGGCCAUCGAGCCGCUGGCGUUCGCCUCUUUGCCCAACUUGAAACAACUGGAUCUCAGCAAUAACCACAUCUGCAGCUUCUCCCCCGCAGCCUUCAGCGCGGACCCCGGCCAACUGCGGGACCUCAACCUGAGCAGAGCGCUCUACAACGCCUCCAGCGUGGAGGAGGUGUCCGACCUGCUCCAGAACGGCUCCCUGACCAACCUGGUCACGCUGGACCUGUCCCGAAACGACCUGGUCUACCUGCCCGGCAGCAUCUUCGCCCGUCUGCCCAAUCUCAAGUCCCUGGACCUGAGCAACAACUCUCUGGUGGAGCUGAGACCCCGCGCCUUCAGACACCUGGACCUGGACAGACUGAACCUCAGCCACAACGCCCUCAAGACGCUGAGCAACUCCACGCUGGUGGAGCUCGGCUCUCAGCCGCGGCUCCGCGUUCACCUCAAAGAAAACCCGUUCGCCUGCGAUUGCGGCAUCGAGGGGUUCCUGCGGUGGUUGGCGAGUGCGGACAGAGUGGAGGAGAAGGACGCGCUGCUCUGCGCUUCCCCGGACAGCAUGAAGGACAGACCUCUGGUGCAGAUCAAAGCCUCGCAGUUGGACUGCUCCUACGCGGGCGACAUGGAGAGCGUUUUGCAAACUUCCUACGUUUUCCUGGGGAUAGUGUUAGCCCUGAUCGGGCUCAUCUUCGUGUUUGUGCUGUACCUGAACCGAAAGGGCAUCAAGAAGUGGCUUUUUAACUUCAGGGAUGCGUGUCGAGACCACAUGGAAGGCUAUCAUUACCGAUACGAGAUCAACACUGAUCCCAGAUUGACAAAUCUAAGCUCUAAUUCCGACGUGUAAAUCAAACGCGACGCUGGGGGGGGGGAAAGUUGACUUGUUUGAGACUCCAGUUGGAAUUUUUUUUUAUUAAUAAUUAUUUGUAACAGCUAUGCAUGAUGAAGUCCAACAGGAUCACUGCUGCUCGCCUGCUGCUCGCCUGCUGCUCCCUCUCUCUCCCUCUCCCUCUCUCUCUCUCUCCAUGGAAACCCGAAAUUGACAAGGGUUUGAUUCCCGGUGGGAAGUGCCCCCCCCCCCCCCCCCACCCCCCCAUGUGAUGCAAUGUGUGUGAUGUUUUCUCUCAUUCUCUUUUCAUGACAUGCUGUGUGAUUGUGCCAAACGAAAAGAGGGCUCCAGAAACCACUGGAGCUCUCCAAGCCUCACAAUAGUCAGUCGGAUUAUUAAGCACGUAGUGAGGAGUUAGACUGCCCGGUGUUAUAGUGGGUAAGACUAUAGCAGGACAGCUGUGCUACCCUUGAUAUCAUUUACAGAGAGCAAAAGGGGGGGGGGGACGCUAUAAGCAAUAAAAACACAAUACUGUAGAACCAGUUUUGAACAUGGCUCCAGCAACUUAUCAUCACAGGGACACAACACAGGCGCUGUGGUGUACAAUAAAUAGCACAAUACAAUCUGUCCUCUUCACUGAUGUAAGACUUUUAAUCGGACCUGAAUCACAGAAUGAAUGAAAGAGGUGCAUCUUCCUUCCCCUGAAUUGUACUGCAGCGCAAGCCUAACAGGACUCUCAGUCAACAUAGCACAGUAAAGCACACUCUUGUACCCAAACCUUAAUGUGACUGUUUUCCAUAGUAUGUUACAGAGUGAGAGAGGCACCAAUCUGACAGCUACGAUUAAAGUCAGCAACUUGUUUUCUCUCUCCGUGAAUUAUGUUGAAUAAUAUGGAUUUUAUCUACUUUGCUAUCUUAAAAUGAUGAUUUUAAAAGUUGGAUUGAAAACUGGUCGUCCAUCUAUUCACUGAUGUGAAACUCGAGUUUGAAACAUCUGGAUCCAGAAAGACUGUUUCCUGCUGCCACUUUUUUUUUACUUUAGAGAUGGUUAAGACUGCAUGAACAUUGAUGUUGCUGCUGCCUGCAGGCUUUUCUAGGAUUGUCACAGUAGAGAGAACUGUGAAAUUCAGCGUGACAGCUAACCACUGCACAGGCCAAGCGAUGAAAAGCAGCAGCAAAUUAAUGCUGAGUAUAGCGGUUUGUGGAUUUUUUUAAAAAAAACUGUCAAUAAUAAUUGCAAGUCCAUUGUUUUGUAAUGUUUUCGGGUAUUCGUAAUCUGCACGGUCUUUCGAUCGAUUUAGACUUCCGAUUAAGAUAAACAGCAAGACGGUUGCUGUAUGAAAGCAACGGUCCUCAAGUAGACAGACCGGCAAAACCAGCUUUUGGGAAUUUGCUUUCAAAUUGAGACAAAGCACACAGAAACACAGGGAGGAAAUGAAUCAUGAAAAAUAGCACUGUAAACGCCAGGUAAUUGCAUGGACAAGCCUGCACUAUCUACAAAAUAGUAACAAAGCAUCCAAUUAACUCCUGAAUUAUAGUAAAAUGUUAUUAGAUUUUGAAUGUCUAGCACCAAUAGCGCAUGGCUGUAAUUUGGCCUUUUAGGGGCUGCGAUGGGGUUGUAAUACUAGAAAAUAGCUGUCCGAGAAUGAAUUAAGCUAAUAUUUGUUGAGCUUUACAGCAUGAAUGAAGCUUCACAGCAACAUUGGACUUCAAAGUCCAAAUACCUGGCUACCUUUCAUGUACAGUGAUUUUAAUCUGAACAAAAUAAGUCGUUGCUCCUGCAGUUUACCAAUGUGAAAUAUAUGUCAUGCACGUAACCCAUUCUUAGUUCAGAUCAUCUUAUUUCUGUGCAUGAACUGUGAAACAUUUUUAAUUCUUCAUUUGUCUUCAAUUGGGCAUUUAGAAAACAUUUAACCCAGACUUACUAUUAUGGCUUAAUAAAACAAGUCAAACAGUGACCAGUUGGUGUUUUGAGCCUCAUGCAAAUUUGUAAUUAUGUAUCAGUGUAGUUCUUUUAUUUUGUUUAUCAAUUUGGCAAAUCAAUUGGUGACAAGCUUGCACGCAUUGACAUGGAGACGCAUACCAUUUGCUUGACUUGGCAAAAUGUAAUGCUUCCCAGCAUUACCGCAGACAAACAGUCCUCAGUCUUAAACAGCAGGGAGUUUUAAAUAUUGUGACUGUAAUAACACUCCAGUCUAGAAUUUGUACAGCCUGAUGCUUCAAAGAAGUUCGUGGUAGCCAGAUACGAAAACCUAGACUUGCAGUUGUAACCUUAGAGGUGGAAGGCAUCAGUCCAGUUCUAACCAGUGAAAUAUGUAUACAUCUCUUAACAGAAUCUUAGCUAAUGAUGCAGCAAUCAGAUAUUUGUAAAAAAAUAAACUCAAAAUCUGUUUGUCUCAUUUACACCUCAAUUUGUAGGGGAUUAGGAUGCAGUAUACUGUUAUUAGCAGCCGUUUCUUGUUCCUGUUGUUUGUGAACACCAAUAUUUGGCAAAAUAACAAAAAGAGAACUUGCAAAAACAUUCCCAACCAGUGGCAUUUCAUUUAAAUUCCUGAAGCACUGUGGCCAACAUAGACCAAUGUAGUUCUGCAUAACACAUUUUGUAAAUUAUGUCUUUAAAAAUACACAAAAAAAUUAACCUGCAAACCUGCAAUGUUAAUGAUGAAUUAAAAAUAGCUAAAGGACUGGGUAUGAUUUAUCUGUUUUAAAUUUUAAAACAUGGAGAGGUAGUCUGUGUCUUGUACAUCACAGAAAUAUGCUCCUGCUCUCCACUUGUGAUUGUACAGAGCUUACCAACACAAGCCCAACACGAGUUCUGGUUAUUGUGUAUUUUAGUUUUUUUUCAGUUUCAAUGUUGAUGGUAAUUUUAUGUUUCCAAAAUUCCUCUUAACAUGUAUUGGCCUUUUCCUCGUUUACGUCAAAGAAUGGUGCACAGGUACAACAUUUUAUUGACAAGCCAAUAAAAAAUAGUAGGAAGAAAUAAAGCCAGACAGAAAUCUAGGUUAAUGCUAGUUGGAAUACGUUUUGUUCAGCCCUAAAUAUAGGUUUGUGCCUGUCAAGGGGAAUGCAAGAAAUGUGCUGAAUGCAGCCUUUUUGCCAUGUCACAUCCUUGACUAGUUCCAUCGGUCUUGUGCCUACCGGAGUCAUACAGCAAGACUAUUAGGGGGAAAGGAAAGGAGGGGAAUGGGGGCAAUACACCUCAAGGCUUAAUAAUGUAGCUCAAGUUUUCUAUCCUCAAAGAAUAACCAUGUCAGUUACAGAGCCCUUGCAGAAGAAACUGUUUAGGAGUGAAAGUCACAUUGUUACAUUGCCCUGAAAGUUUAAAUAUAUUUAAGUUGGAUGUCCGCUGCUUAACAAUGGCUCUGUUAACUUUUAUUUUAAAAAAUAAAGACUAUUGUGGCUACUUUUUGAUCUCCA